CAAAGGUAAAAUUUAAUCGCGCUCCUACCAGCAUAAACCCAGCGCAGCAGGUCGACGUGGUUUGGUUGUGUUGUUGGGUCAUUCAUUAAAUGGUCCUUCGAGCCGCGUUUUCUAUAUUAUGUUUACAGGCGUGGCUUGUUUAAUAACGAUUUUUACUCAUUUUAUACGUGUAUGGUAUAAACAAUGCACAUUCAUUAUAAUUGUCUUCCAUUUAGAUUUUUAUUAAUCACAUUAUAAACGUUGUUUGUGUAUCGAUAGUGCAAAGUACGCCGUUUAGAUUGGGGGGAAAGUCCUUUUAAAAAUGGUUGAUCGUAGAUAUCAGGCUGAAGACGAAAAGAUGAAAAAAAGAACCUUAGCCGGCAACGUCGCCAUCGGCUUCGUCGUCGUAACCUUCGUCCUCAUCUCAGUAGCCUUUGCAACACCCAGCUGGUUGGUAUCCGACUACCGAAUAACCGGAGCCCGUUUGGACAGAUUUGGUUUGUGGACCCACUGCUUCAGAUCCUUACCAGAUCCGGUAGACGUCAACCAGAGACGUUUCUUCGUCGGUUGCCGAUGGAUCUAUGACCCAUUUACAACCGGUUAUGACCAAAUACGAGGAUUUUUGGUACCAGCGUUUUUGGUUGCAACCCAAUUCUUUUUUACUUUAAGCUUCAUAGCUGCGCUAUUGAGUGCCAUUUUAACUCUGUUGUAUUUCUUGUGUUGUGGGCCAGAUAUGAAACAAUACAUUACGUUGAUAAGACUUAACGCUUGGAUUUUAUUGGUCGGUGGUAUUUCGGGGGCUAUAGCUAUUAUAGUGUUUGCUGCCAGGGCCAAUAAGAGCAACUGGAUGCCGGGACAUGAUAACAACUUUUUCGGUUGGUCGUUUGCUUUAGGGUGUAUUGGUGUAAUCACUGCCUUAAUAGCUGCGACACUGUUUUUCGUUGACGGACAUGUGCAACAGAAAAAGAAGAAACAGUUUAAGGAAUCGCAGAUGCGAUUCGAGAUGGAACACUGAAUUUUAGGUUCCAAGAUUGAAUUCAAUCCGUCCUCUAUUGUAACGAAUCUCCUGAUUUUUUUAUUUAGUUUUAAGAUAGAUGACUCAAUGAGUGAAACUUUUGACUUAACAUUUUUAAUGCACAAAAAGGCCAGCGAGUUUUUAUUAAAGCCUAAAAUAUACAAUUUAUUUUACACAGUAAAAGGUUUUUUUGCCUACAUACAGGGUAAAUUUUCCUUUUCGAUUGCGCCCUGUAAACGACCAUGGACGCGCGUUGCUUGCUUGACCGCUGCUCACUGAUAAUCCGGACGCAUGUUGGAUAUACAGGGCUCGUUCAGAAAAGGAAAUUUACUCUGUCUUCCUGUAUAAUUAAAUCAACAUAAUGAGCACGAUACAAUUUAUUAAACUCAAGGUAAGAUUUUUUCAAUGACCAAUAAUAUAUUGUUGUUCUUGAUCUCUUUACAUUAUCUAGUCACAAUCCGAUGUCCAAAGGUAAAGGUAAAAUUUAUCACCUUUCAAUGCUAUUUGAUAGGGAAAAGGGAUAAAUUUACCUUUACCUUUAGACUACGGAUUGUGAAUAAGAUACCUAUAAUAUGUCCAAUGUUCAAUUUAUUAAUUAAAUCGAAAAUCUUUUUUUUUUUUUGACAAUUGACUUUUAAUGUAUAGCCUAUCUGUCAAUUGUCAACUCGAAAUCACCUUUUCAAAAUUUGUUUCAAUAAUGAGAAGCACAAUUUUACAAAUAUUAUUACAAUUUUCUGUAUAUUUUUAAGGAUUUUUAAUAAUAAAUGCGCUUUGUUUGUAUUUUUU